UUUUAAGAGGAACUGAGGUUAUUGCAUUAACGGUGUUGUAUAAAUGCCACGAGUUGUAAGCUUGUGUGUGAGCACUGUGACACUAAGAUGCGUGGUACGGACAUGGUCCCAAAACAGCAUUUGCGAAGAUGGAUGUUGCCUGCAUGAAUGGCGAUGCAAAACACCUACUGUGGGCAGUAAAUGACAUUCCAGCCCACUGUUCCGGGGUUUGCAAGUGCCUUGGCUCCCGUGUGCCUCAAAUUAGGUGGAGAGAGCAUGUCCCAAGGUAACGGAGCUGCCGUCACUGCCGCGCACCCGUGUCUCUCUCUGCCCGGACCCUGCUUUCCCGUCCUUCACCCUACUGCCUGCCCCUGCGAUUCCGGGCUCCCUGAAACCCGAGUUGCGCAGCCCCGGGGCCAUUCCAGCCCCGCCGACGAAGGCACCUCGGCUCCCUUGGGCGCGCCGCGGCCGGGGCAGCCCCCCCGCCCCGCUCCUUCCCCGCCGCGCCCCGGCUGCCCCGGGCCGGCCGCUGCCCCCGACCUCCCCUUCCCCGCCGCGGUCCGAGCGGAUCAGCGGGCGCGGCGCUGCGAUGGAGCGGCGAGCGGCAACGGCGGCCGCCAGGAGAGGAGGAGGAGGAGGAGGAAGAGGAGGAGGAGGAGGAAGGGAGAGCUUAGCGCUGUGCCGGCUGGCGCAGAGGCGCGGCUGAGCGCUCCAGCGGGAGCCCGGGGCCCAGCGCACCGUGCGAGAGCCCGGGGCGGAAGGAGCGGAGAUGCGGCUGCUCUCCCCGCGCCGCUAAAGCUCCCGGUCGCUCGCCCGGAGGAGGGAGGGCGGGAGGGUCCGUCCUUCUCGCAGCUCUGCGGGCUCGAAGGGUGCCGGUGCAGUCCCCUCUUGCUUUUAUUCCAGCCCCGGAGCAGAAGCCGCCGUCGCCGCCGCCCCCUCCUCUCCCUUCCUGCGCCCUUCCCACCAUGAGCGGGGCCGUUUUCACCUUAUAAAGAUGGCGGUGUGGGAUCGCUGCAACCUUUAGACUAAUGACUGUCAGAAACAUCGCCUCCAUCUGUAAUAUGGUUCUUCAAGAGCAGCUACACGCAGUUGCCAGCUUCCCUCCAUGUGGUGCUCCAGCAUGCCUUGUGCUGGUGCUGCCACACAUACCGUUCAUCUGCCCUGGAGAACGGAGCCUACCUCUAGGGGCACCAAUGCCUCUGCUCUGGAAAAAGACAUUGGCCCAGAGCAGUUUCCAAUCAAUGAACACUACUUUGGAUUGGUCAAUUUUGGGAACACCUGCUACUGUAACUCCGUGCUACAGGCAUUGUAUUUUUGCCGGCCGUUUCGGGAAAAUGUAUUAUCAUACAAGGCCCAACAGAAAAAGAAGGAAAAUCUCUUGACUUGCCUGGCAGAUCUUUUCCACAGUAUUGCUACUCAGAAGAAGAAAGUUGGAGUUAUUCCACCAAAGAAGUUCAUAUCAAGGUUACGGAAAGAGAAUGAUCUCUUUGACAACUACAUGCAGCAGGAUGCACAUGAGUUUUUAAAUUACCUGCUCAACACCAUCGCAGACAUUUUACAGGAGGAGAAGAAACAGGAAAAGCAAAAUGGGAAACUGAAAAACGGCAACAUGAAUGAAGCUGAAGAGAACAAUAAACAAGAACUCACCUGGGUGCAUGAGAUUUUUCAGGGAACACUGACUAACGAAACUAGAUGUUUGAACUGUGAAACCGUUAGUAGCAAAGAUGAAGAUUUUCUUGACCUUUCUGUUGAUGUGGAGCAGAACACAUCAAUUACACACUGUCUAAGAGACUUCAGUAACACAGAGACACUAUGUAGUGAACAGAAAUACUACUGUGAAACUUGCUGCAGUAAACAAGAGGCACAGAAAAGGAUGAGAGUAAAAAAACUGCCAAUGAUCCUUGCCUUACACCUCAAGAGAUUCAAGUAUAUGGAGCAACUGCACAGGUAUACUAAGCUGUCUUAUCGUGUAGUAUUUCCGCUGGAGUUACGUCUCUUUAACACAUCUGGUGAUGCUGUCAACUUAGAUCGGAUGUAUGACUUGGUAGCUGUUGUUGUUCACUGUGGAAGUGGACCGAAUCGGGGGCAUUACAUUACUAUUGUGAAAAGUCAUGGAUUUUGGCUUUUGUUUGAUGAUGACAUUGUAGAGAAAAUAGAUGCUCAAGCUAUUGAAGAAUUCUAUGGUCUGACCUCUGAUAUAUCAAAAAAUUCAGAGUCUGGAUAUAUUUUAUUCUAUCAGUCAAGAGAGUGACUUGGCAAACUGUGACAAUUGGACACAAUGAUGCUGCACACAAAAUAAGGUGAUGGACACCCUUGAACUGACUUUUACAAGGACCACAUCUUAUAUGGUUGAACAACAAUACACUCUGUCUCCUAUUAAAUGGUCUAUGUGAUAUUGACUAUAACCGUCCUUUUUUGACAUGCGGAACUUUGUUUUGGGGAGGGUGGGAUUGUUUGUAGUUUUUAAGUCUGAUUGAAGAGUUAAUUGCAGUCAGAUUUUAGUGGAAUUUAUAUGGACUAACAUUUACAGACAACAAGAUUUGGAUGUCAACUGUUAAACUCAAUCCAGCUAGAGUAGUAUUUUAUAUAGAAGUGUUCAUUGCAUUUAGGGCAAAAUUGUUUAAAACUUUCUAAAUGGCUUUGGGGUGUGUUGAUUUACAAAACAUUCCUUUAAAUACAUCCUGACAUAUACUUACCCAUUUUAAGCGUAAGCAAAAAAAUCUGUUUCAUGAUGAUCAGAAUUGUGGUUGCAUAGGGGACUUUUUUACACGUUACUCUCUAAUGCAAAAAAGAUAUUCUUCCAAAACCAUUUAAGCUUCAGGUUGUUAAAAACUUCCAGUGCAUAACUUCAGGCCUAAAACUCACAUAGAGGGAUUUAUAUUACAGUGGAACUAAGUAAUUCUGUAUAUCCAGUCAUUUUAUUUAUCAUGAGAUAGUAAAGAUGAGGUGAGAUUUCAGAAUUUAGAGACCACUGGAAUAAAGGGAGCAAGAUGACACAUAUGACACAGAGAUAAAUUGCAUCUAUAGAGACUGAGCUUAUCUUUCUGUUAAAAUAAUAUCAUAGGUUGUUUACGUAAUUGAGCUUGCAGAGAUUGCAACACUGCUCACGUAUAACAUAUCCAUCAGGACUGAAAUUACACAGUCCAUUUAAAUAAGUGUUACUCGUACAACACAUAAGACACAGCUUGAUCCUGUGAUUUUCUGAAUAUCUGUAGGUCCCAUUUUCAUUUCUUAAGAAAGAGUCAAUUUCUUAGCAACAUAACAUAAUAGGUAACAACCAUUAGUUUACACACACUUCCAUGUAUAUCAUCUCUAACAUUUUGGCCACGUUUGACAGCAUUUGGGUCAUCACAGAAACAGGGCUCUGGAGUGUCUGAUUUUAAAAAUCAGCAAAAGACUCAGUGCAAAAGUCUUCCUUUGAGUUUUACUGGGUGAAUUUGGUUGGCACUGGUCAUGCACUGGCGAAUAAAAUUGGUGAACUCACAUAGUGGAAUUUGGCGAAGAAUUAAUGCAGAAGCAAGUAUCAAUAGGGUAUGAGAAGGGAUCAAUAGCAGGUUGAGGCAGUGUCAAUGUUGGGUAACUACCCUGCUGGGUUUGAUAAUUUCACUCCAUUACACAAUUCUUGAACUUCAGUAGCCAAAUUCCUAUUCCAAUGAAGUCAACAGAAAAAACACUCGUUGUCUUCAGGGGGACUGCCAGUUGGUUCUAGUAUUUACAAGGAUAUAUUCUCAUCUCACAGAAAAUUAUUUCUACCUGUUAGACUUAAUUUACUUUCAUUAAGUAUUUAUUAGACAAUGUAGCUUUUGGUCCUUUUUUUCUUUAAGGAGCCUGUCUGCCACUUUAUGGCUAACACUCCAUUUCAAGAAAUGGCUUUUGAAGUGCAGUUAAAUCUUAUAUUUCAGUCUCUGUAGGAAAGAUAAUAACUUUUUUUCAUUGUUAUCUACUGUGAAUGUGAAAUAUUUUUUGUUAAGUAAUUGCGAAAAUGAAGUACCAACUUCCACUGUAACAUCAGUUGAAGUUCAGUUGGAUCUCUCAAUGGCCAUUUUGUAAACUAAGGAAAUGUAGCACUUUACACUGAAUGAGAAACAGAAGUGGACUUUUCAUCUAACAUUAUUUGUGAUUUAUCAUGUUGUUAUACUGAUACAAGAAAACAGAUGUAGAAUGUAAAUUUAGAGUACUUACUUAGGUGAAUAAUAGUCGUGAUCUGCAGGGCUCGCUCACAUGAAUGAAGGCUGGUAUGCAGGCUCAAGACAAGCAUAAUUGGGAUGCAGCUCUCUUUUACUGAUGUUAGAAUUAAAUGUUCUGUCUCUAACACAGGACACAGACAUCUUACAGGAGACUUCAAUUCUACUGAGGUCCAGGAGCUUUUCCAGUAGAAAGAUAAGCCUGCAAAUCCCGCUCUAAUGGAUUUAUUUAUAAGUAUUUAGAAUUUCCAUACAAAAAUGUAAUAAUCACUUGCCUUUUAAAUUGGGUGAGUUUCCUCAUUGUGAAUGAAGGCACUUUCUAGAUCAACAUUAACCGGUGCUGGUCCAAAGGUCUGUAAUUCACAGUUUACUGCUGAACAUUCUUAGGGAAUUCUUCAAUUUUAAAACAAGCAACAAAAAAAGAUAUUCUUAAUGUAUCAUUUGAAUGUUUAGGCCUCAUGUUUAUAUGAAAGGUAAAUUUUAAAAAAAAAAUUUUAAAUCAGUUCAAUUUUAGGAUGUUUUUUCCAUAUUUCAAUUGACUUAUCUGAAUUUUUUUUUUUCAUGUUAAUAAUAUGAAUUAAUAAAGUACAGGAUAAUAAUCUUUGGUUUUCUCCAGCUGCAAGACUGCUCUAGGUUGAAAAACAUAGAUAAUUGCAGUAUGUUAUUGAGAAUAAAAUUACUGGAAUAAACCUUUUCAUAGAGUAUGAAAAAACAUUUUAAAUUCAUGCUAGCCCAUUAAAAGGUCACAGCACUGGUAUCACACCUGUCCAACACCGGUGGUCUGACAUCAAUGCUGAAAAAUUGUGGAAUAUUCACUUUAUGCUAACAGCAGCUAAACAGCAAAAGCUGUCCAUCACAGCUGUAUGACUCGUGCCAGUCUAGGCAGCAGAACUUCUCUUCUAUGUCAAAUGAAGCACGUUUGCAAGGGUUUUAUAGGAUUUGGAUCCUCACAGAAACAAUCAUAUGAUGUGAAGUAUUUUAGCUGAUUAAAUAAAACAUAAUCCUUUUUCUCUUAUGCUUAUGUAUAGAUUUCCAGUCCCUUAUGAAAGAAUGGAAAAAUAUCUAGGACAAUAAAAGCUUUUCAGCCAGCAGCUAGAAAACAAAAUUGAAGCACAGAUGUCUAAUAGUAUUCUGUGCUUCUCUAAAAUAGCUAUUUUUAUGGUGUUGGGUUCUGAGUAUAGUAGGCCUAAUGACACCUGAAGUUUUUCACUUGUUCCACAUGCUGUUGCUGAGAUGACUUGUCCAUUUAUAAAUCUUAUUACUACGGUCUUACUUAGAAAAAAUAACAUUUUUGUCCUGUGCUGUUUUUCCACUGAACCCAAUGAAACACUGCAGUGCUGAUGAAUCAGUUAUCUUAGAGGAUGAGCUCAGACCUCAACUUUUAUGUUUCACAGAACAGUCUGUCAGGAUUUUAUGUAAGUUCUAUUUUUGGGAUGUAACAGAGGGAGGCAGAAGGGAGUGAUGGAGAAACCAUACCAGUGAAGCAGAACACCUUGUUGAAAUUAAGUCCCAAAAUUACUCCUGUCAAUUUUAUUUUAAUAAUUUAUUUACCUCAGAGCAGUAGAUUACAUCUUAAAAGUCUCGUUCCUUUGGCAGUUGGAGUAAAGACAAUAAAGCAGUAAGCAUUUCUUUUGCAUUAGAGUUAAUGAAGAUAUUAAAGACCUAACUAAGCUGAAACUGAAACUCACAUUACAUGGUGGGUCCUAAAGGGCUACUACAACCUUUUCUCUUCAGACAUUACACUUCAUUCACCCAUCUGUUACAGGAUCAUGUCCUUGGGACCUGAGCCCACAACUUGCAGCUUCCAGUGAUAUGAUGCCUCUCAGCAGCAGACCUUUCUUGUUUUGACUCUUUUUUUGCUGCUUGUGGCUAACAAGUGUGAGCAGUAUUUUAAAGCUGAGCGCGUACUAGGAAUUUGAAGAAGUUUUGGCUGUUUACUUGUUCUUUGCUAGUACCUUUUAUCAGUGUUUGUUUUAAUUUAUUUCUCUUUUGUUUGUCUGUUAUUGUAUUUGUAUAAUAACUUAUGUAGUUAAUAUUAUUAGUAUUAUGUUUUAAUUUUUAUGUACUUUGAUUUUUUUAAACUGUAGUCAACCCAAGCACUUUAAGCAAAAAUGUCAAUCUUGUGAAAUUCCAAUCAGCUUAACAUUUUGCCUUUGUCUUUUUGCUUUUGCAGCUGUUUGCUUGUGAUCCAGCAACUCUAAUUACAACCCAAUUGCCAUGUUUAGGCUUGUAGCCCUAGUUGGGUUAUAAAUUUAGGAAGCCUAAUUUGUUCAUACAUAUUUGUUCAUACAUAACAAGGAUGGAGUACUUACUGCAUGUCUGCUACACAUAGCAGUAUGUACCUGACAAGUUGCACUCACGGUGCACAUUCCACAGCUUUUUUUUUGCACUUUGCCUGCUAACCUGUCCGAGAACGACUAAUACUUUAAUCUGUGGCACAGUUAUCAAUGACUAAUUUAGAAAAGCUCCACUUCUCAUAGGAAAAUUCUCUUUUAUCAGACACAGAGUUAGCUGUCAAUCAGCUGGUGAUACAGGUGUUACUCUCUUUGCCAUUUUAUCUGUGCUCCAUACAAUCCCAAGUAUGAAUUAUCUUAAGAGCUGCGAUUGUUCCUGGCCCUUGUGUGAGUGCUAGCAAGAAGAGCAAUAUUUUUGCAUCUUCCUUCUCUCCACUUGCAACCAUAUAAAGGGAAGAGAUAAUGAAGCAGGAUAAGUGCUUAAUGUAAAAACCCCAUACUGUCUAUCAAAGACACUAUAUGUAUCUUAGAAGCCAGCACCUGUGGUGUCCAUAUCAGAAAGUCACCAACUUUCCGUGUUGUUAAUACGAGGGUUAGUCUUAGUUUUUAGACUUCAUAUUCUCUCUGAUCAAGUUAAAAACACGGGGAUUUUUCCUGUUGCAUCAAUUCUGUCACUGAGGUGUUUCUUCUCAAUUUAACAUGACACUUAAUAUUUAAAUAGCCCUUGGGAAGCCUCCAUAGACACCCUUUUGAUUUCUUUUCAGCUAACAUGCAUUACUUCAAAGAGAUUGCUUGAACCUCUCCACACAACUUAUUCGGAUUAACACACUCCUUUUGCAUGCAAGGUCAAAUAACACCUAUCAAGAGGUAUGUGCCCACCUGAUGGGACCAUCUGGGCUAAGCCCACACCUUUUUACACAAUAAUGACUCUUUAUCCCCUAGGAGAUUUUCUUGAUGGCUUUGACUGAAUGAUUUAAUAUGAAACCACACAUAACUGCGUUUAUUCAUGGGCUCAGAGUUGCUAUAAUUCUUUAAUAACUCUGCUUCAUUUGGUUAUCAAGACUGGGACUAUUGCACAAUGUUAAAUAAAUUAAUUUGUGUGUGCCGCUCACAGUGGUCAAUUUAACAGUCUAAUGCUUCUGAUGAAGGCUGCUGCAGGUGGCAACUUCACUAUAUGCAAGAACAUUAGAGAAUAAGUGACUUCUGUGAUAGCACGGUAGGUCUGUAGGAGGAGCUGGACUGGCAUGCAGCUUCCUAACCCUCAGCUUGUACCCAGAUGAAGUUGGUGCUCCAUCCUCUAGAUAAUCCUAACCCUUCUCCUAGGGGUUCCAAAAUGGCAGGAACAAACCCUUUGCGAAGACACCUUGCAGUUCACCCAAACAUCUUGUUUGCCACAGUAGAUAAUUAAUGAAUAUUUGCAACCUCUCUCUCCCCACUCCCCCAAACCCUCAUUAAUAGGUAUAUAUUCCUUAAAGAAACUGAGCUUAAACAUCAGCUUUGUAUUUCCAAUGGUGUUCAUAUUUGCAAAUGUCCCAAGACGGACUGUGUUCACACAGUACACUGUUUCCUAGUCCUCUCUCAACUCUCAUUCUAAUUGCAAGAGCAACACCAGUGCAGCCAUGGUACAGGUUCACGUGUUUUCCUGGAGACAGUUUUCUAGCUUCAGUGGCUUUUGCUAAAGAAGACCUAACACAAGCUCCAUAACUUAUCUAUGACUCUUUAGGAAUAAAGUCACCAUAUGUUGUAUGAAUAUGAGAGUAGAGUAGGGGGAAGAAGAAAGAGAAGAGGUAGAAAUAUGGAAAGGGCUGGGUUUUCAGAGGUUUUGAAUAUGUAUAUCUGUUUGUAAAUACAUAAUUCCUCUCUACCUUGUCAAAACAAUGCAAUCAUAAUAAAACUACUUAAAUAUUUUGUGCUAGUUUUUUAAAUGGAGUAAGAGGUAAUAAAACUAUUAGGCACAAAAUCGGGGACUUAUAAAAAUACUGAAUUUCUAGUAAAGCGUACAAUACACGGUGUAUGUGUACGGUUGAGUCUCUGCUCUUUUUAAUCAUGUACAUGUAAUUAAACCCUGCACUACCUGCAGUACUGUAAGAUAAAUCCCAUGUUGGUUAUUAAGGUUGUAACAUUUAAAAACCAGUAUUUUCUCCUUUUAACAUGUUUAUAUUUUACAUAAAAUAAACUCCCUAGCUGAUCUUGA